AUGAGCAACACUCUAAAAAUUGAUGGUCACACCGAAGAAGCUAAGAAUUUGAGAAUGUUCCCGUUCACCUUAGCGGAAGAAGUCGAAGAAUGGUUCUAUUCUCUACCAGCCGGUAGCAUCACAUCUUGGGAAGAGAUGGAAAAAGCCUUCCUGAAUGAGUAUUUUCCAGCGUCGAUUUUUCUGCGGAAGAGAUAUGAAAUUCUAAAUUUUAAGCAGAAGGACGGGGAAACUUUGGGAGACACAUACAAGAUAUUCAAGAGAGUCUUGGUCGCCUGCCGAACUCAUAAUAUGGAUCCAAUCGAACAGAUGCAGAUGUUUAUGAAUGGUCUCAAAAUAAAGACUAAACAGUUUAUUGAUACCGCACCUGGUGGCUCUACUAAUUUCUCAACAGCCACUGGUAUCAAGAAGAUCAUUGAAGCUAUUGCUGCUAAUGAGCACUUGGAGUUGUACGAUAGAUGUCCAAGUAAACCAGAAGGCGUUAUCGAUUUAAAGAUGGAAACCAAUAAAAUCCGUAUCGAAGAUACUAUAGCUGCUGAAGUUGAGAAGAAGCUGAAGGCGAUGAAUAUAGAACCGAGUUGGAAGAAUCAUCCCAACUUCUCAUGGAAAGACCAGAAAGGGAAUGCUCCUCAACACUAUCAAUACCAAACUCAAUAUCAGCAACAACAUCAACAACAAGCCCCUAAGAAAGCUGAUUGGAAUAUUGCCAUUGAAAGAAUGGCAACUCAUAAUGUUCAAUUCCAAGAAGAAACCCGACACAAUCAGAAAAACACCAUAGCAUCCACAAAAAAUCUUGAAGUCCAGAUGGGUCAAAUAACACAGCAAUUAGCCUCGAGUUCUCAAGCACAGGGUGCUCUACCUAUUGUAACUGUGACAAAUCCUAGAGAGCAUAAUAAUGUGAGCAUUGUGACAACAAGAAGUCGUAAAUCUGAUGAAGUAGUUAAGGAGAUGGAUGAAGAGGAAGAUCAAUUGACCGAAGUGGAUCUUGAGAUCAAAGAAAAUGAAGUUGUAAGGGAAGAAUUGGUGGCAUUGAAACCAGUAGUGAAAUAA